GGCUGCGUGAUGUUGGCGGGAACUCCGCGGGCGUCGGACGUCCGGCGGCCCCGGGACGCGGGCGAGCCCGCGGCGUUGCGGGCAGCGAGAUGCGGGUAGCCGUGACCGGCUGCUGCCAUGGGGAGCUGGACAAGAUCUACGAGACGCUGGCGGUGGCGGAGCGGCGCGGCGCGGGCCCCGUGGACCUGCUGCUGUGCUGCGGCGACUUCCAGGCGGUGCGCAACGAGGCCGACCUGCGCUGCAUGGCCGUGCCGCCGCGCUACCGCCACAUGCAGACCUUCUACCGGUAUUAUUCUGGAGAGAAAAAGGCCCCGGUUCUCACCAUCUUCAUUGGCGGAAACCAUGAAGCUUCAAAUCAUUUACAAGAGUUGCCCUAUGGUGGCUGGGUGGCACCAAACAUUUAUUAUUUAGGUUUGGCAGGUGUGGUGAAAUACCGAGGUGUGAGGAUUGGUGGCAUCUCUGGUAUCUUCAAAUCUCAUGACUAUCGAAAAGGUCAUUUUGAGUGUCCCCCUUACAAUUCGUCCACCAUAAGGAGUAUAUAUCAUGUGAGAAAUAUUGAAGUCUAUAAAUUAAAACAGCUGAAGCAGCCUAUAGAUGUAUUCUUAUCUCAUGAUUGGCCCAGAAGUAUCUAUCACUAUGGAAAUAAGAAGCAACUCCUGAAGACCAAGUCUUUUUUCCGCCAAGAGGUGGAGAAUAACACGCUGGGCAGCCCAGCCGCCUCGGAACUCCUGGACCAUCUGAAGCCCACUUACUGGUUCUCCGCCCACCUGCACGUCAAAUUUGCAGCCUUGAUGCAGCAUCAGGCCACGGAUAAAGGAGAGACAGCCAAAGCAACCAGAUUUUUAGCCUUGGACAAAUGCUUACCACAUAGAGACUUUCUUCAGGUCUUAGAAAUCCCACACGACCCCGGUGCGUCUGACCAGCUGGAGUAUGACGUGGAAUGGCUGGCUGUCCUCCGGGCCACUAACGACCUGGUGAACGUGACCGGGGGCCUGUGGAAUAUGCCCGAGAACAACGGCCUGCACGCACGGUGGGAUUACAGUGCCACCGAGGAAGCCAUGAAGGAGGUGAUGGAUAAGAUGAACCAGGACCUCAAGGUGCCCUGCAACUUCAGCGUCACCGCGGCCUGCUAUGACCCCAGCAAGCCACAGGCCCCAGUGCAGCCUGUGCACAGGAUCAACCCGCAGACCACUGAGUUCUGUGCCCAGCUUGGCAUCACAGACAUGAACGUGAGGCUUCAGGAGGCCAAGGAAGAGCACCCACCUUGUGGGGACUACGAAGAGCAGGAGGAGGGGAGCGACGACUCUGGAGAAGACCGGAGCGAGUACACCACCGACACCUCCGCCCUGUCCUCCAUUAAUCCCGAUGAGAUCACGCUAGAUGAAGAAGAGGAGGAGGAGGAGGAGGAUUGUGGAGGUUCACCCAGUGACAUGAACACACCCUCAGCAGAACCUCCUUCCUAUCAGGCUUCCGAUUUCUCCACAAGCUUUUCUGAUGUGAGGGUCUUGCCGGGGUCCAUGGUUGUAUCUUCCGAUGACUUACCAGGCUCUCCCUCGGGUACCGAAGGGGGACCCCUAGAGGACGAUGGGAAGGACUUCACUGAGUCGCCCUUGAAGAGGCUGAGUAAUGAACACGAACCUGAACAGAGAAAGAAAAUCAAGAGGAGGAAUCAAGCCAUCUAUGCGGCGGUGGAUGAUGAUGGCGCUAAUGAUGAUGCCGAAGCCUGACACGUUGACUUGCCUUCCUAUUAUGUGUACAUAGGUGAUUUUUUUGAGACCCUAUUUUUAGAGUUGGAUUUUUGGUGCAAGGAUUACCUUUGUAAUAAUGAAGUUAUAAAAGGGGAUUAUUUUUUUUUUUUUUAGAUAUCAACUUGGUCUUUAGGCCUUUAUAUGUUUUAGAUACAAAUGCAUUAAAGGUUCCUGUCCAGUUUUGAUUGACCUAACGUCAUUUACCUCCAUUUCUACACCCUUACCGCUCAUGCACUUGAUGACAAACACAUCUUCUGAAAUACGGGACUGUGAACACAGAGGACACAUGGAUUUUUUUUUCAAGGAGUUAAAAUUAUAUGUAUUUUGAUGUAUUCAAAAAGAGGUAUAUUUAAGAUGUUUUCCAAAGUCCACAUCACUUUUGUACAUAUAAUUAUGUAUCCCUCCUUUUCAUGAUCUUCCCCCCCAGCAAUCAGCUUAAUGUCUGUCAGAAAUAAAUUGCAAUUGGAGAUG